AGACAGAGCCGCCGAGCUGUGGAAACCGCCAAGCGUUGUCCUCAGCGAGCGCGACAGUGACGACCGUGCGCAUCUCAGAAUGAAGCCAGCAGCCACCUAUAGAUUGACGCACUGCGAACGCACCGGUCGGCACAGCGAGCGUAUUUUUCUCUCACAACAAAUCAGCCAAUAAUUUCUGUCAUGACUUAUCAGCCAAACAAACAAGACGAUGUCGUCAGGGACGUCAUCCAUCGAUCCUCCGAGGUGUGGUGCAGCCGAUCGGUUCUCGCGACAUGUCAUGCCAUGCCUCGUUCGCGACGACACACCGAGGAAACCGGCGCCUGGUGACAAGACAAAAAGGCCCCUCCGAUCCUGUCCCAGGGUAGGAUGACUGGACUACUUAUAUAGUACUAGCACACCCGGCCAGCUGCUCUGCUCUGCUCUGCUUGCUUGGCGUCGUUCACGUCUCGUGGACUUGGUGGUCUUGUUCUCCCUUACAUUUGGGCGCGCGCCGGAGAGGAAUUGAAGUGGCAUGGGGGUGGUGCACCGCGCGAAGCCGGCGAUGGCCAUGGUGGCGGUGGAGUUCGUGUUCUCGGCGCUGCAGAUCUUCAUCAAGCUGGCGCUGGACGACGGCAUGGACGUCCGCGUCCUCGUCGCCUACCGCCUCAUGUUCGCCACCGCCUUCCUCUGCCCGCUCGCCUUCCUCCUCGAGAGGAAGAAACGGCCACCACUCACCAUGAAGGUGGUGCUAGGGUUGUUCCUGUGUGGUCUUUUUGGAAUCGCAAUAAACCAGAACUUGCUAGUGCUUGCCAUGAAGCUGACGAACUCCACGACCAUCGUCACAGCUCUCAGCAACCUCACUCCUCAGUCCACAUUCAUCGUCGCAAUCUUGACCAGGCAGGAGAUGGUGAAGCUUGGCAAGGCCAGUGGGCGAGCGAAGCUGGCGGGCACGCUGGUCGGCCUCGGCGGCGCGAUGCUGGUCACCUUCUACAGGGGCCCCGAGAUCGGGUUCAUGCACCGCCUCGCGCUCACGGCCGGCGGGCUCAGAGACGCCCACGCCCAGCACGGCGGCGGCGGCGGCCAUGCUGGGACGACGACGACCGCCGCGCGGAUCGUCGGCUCGUUCCUCGCCAUCACCAGCUGCUUCAGCUACGCCAUCUGGCUGUCCAUCCAGGCCAAAGUCGGGGAGGUGUUCCCGUGCCACUACUCCAUCGCCGCGCUGGUGUGCCUCUCCGGCGCCGUCCAGUCGGCGCUGCUCGCGCUCUGCUUCCGCAGGGACUCGCCGCACUGGCGGCUCGGCCUCGACGUCAGGCUCUACUCGUCCGCCUACGCGGGCGUCGUGGCGUCCGGCUUGGCGUUCCCGCUCAUGUCGUGGUGCCUGCGGAAGCGGGGGCCGCUCUACGUGGCCAUGUUCGGCCCGCUCAUCAUCGUCUUCGUCGCCGUGCUCAGCUCCAUCUUCCUCGACGAGACACUGCACCUCGGCAUGUACGCGAUGCCCCUGUGAAUGUGAUCCUGCUUGCUUGCUGCUGUGCCUCGGCUUUACUUGGCUUUCUCCCGCCGCCUCUGCAGCGUGCUCGGCGCGGUGCUGAUCGUGGCUGGGCUGUACAUGGUGCUCUGGGGCAAAGCGAGAGAAGCACAGGAGAAGGAAGCUGCUGCUGCUGCACCUGCUCCUGUUCGUGCUGUGCCUGUGCCCACGGAUGAAGAGCUGGGCAAGGAAUCCACGGCUCCUCCUGCUGCUGCCGCCGCCAAUGGUGAAACAAAAUGACGAGACUUGAUCGUCUUGAUUAUGGCCUAUAUGCUCAAAGCCAACUUUGCUGAUCGACGGGCGGCACGAUGGCAGUGGACUCCAAUGUUGACUCUUCGUUCUGAAUAACAUUUUUGGUGAAAGAGAGACUCUGCCAGUAAAGCUCGUAUAUGAUCGGUUACGGGCGCAAAAUUUGACCCAAAUGUUUCGAAUCUCAAUAUUUAUUUAACCUUGACCGAGGUCAUCUGUUCAAAUUAUGAAUCAGUUAUGUUUUGAUCUGUAAAAUUAUUUUGCUAGAUCUCAAAGCAAAGCAAAGCAAAGGUUGAUGACCUCAUGACCCACCGUAGUUAUUGGCAGUCGAAUUGUUUUGCAACCUUGUAAAGAGUUUUGUUCCGGUGGUCCUCAAAAGAUUUGCACGGAUA